AUGGCUUAUCAAUUCAAAACAUUAUCUUCAUCUUUAUCAACAAAUAUUGAAAAAAGAAAAUCUAUAUUUGUUAUAAUAUUAUUAAUGUCUUUAAUUGGUGAAAGUAAUGGAAUAAAAAAUAGUAAUGAUUUGGAGUAUUAUGCCGAGAAAAGAUCCCAAAUAACGCAUCAUGCUGAUGCUACAAUUAUGUUAUUUUUUGUUACUUUUAUGAUAAUCUCUGUCUUAACAGCAUGGUUUUUUAAAUAUCAUCGAUUUAGAUUUGUUCAUGAAACUGGACUUAUUUUAAUAUAUGGAUUAAUUUUUGGAUUUGUUUUACGUUCUUGGCCUAUACUUCAUGUUGAUACAACAACAAUGAGUGUUGUUCCUAAAGAUCUUGAUACAAAUAUUACUAAUCCACCUGAUUAUCUUAGAUUACCAAUAAAAAGAAAAGAUGCAACACCAUUAAAUUUUUACUAUGAAAUUGUUGAAGGUUUUUUUGGUGAUACUCAACCUGAAGCAUUAAGAAGAGUUGAAUUAAAAGUUAUGUUUUCACCGGAAAUGUUUUUUAAUGUCCUACUUCCACCAAUUAUAUUUCAUGCUGGUUAUUCCUUAAAAAAAAAUCAUUUUUUUCGUAAUAUUGGAUCAAUUUUAACUUUUGUUUUUAUUGGAACAUCAGUAUCUACAUUUGCAAUUGGAUAUAUAAUGUCUGUGUUUUGUUAUAUAUGUGGGAUUAAUAUUAGUCUUCAGGAUUUACUUUUUUUUGGUGCACUUCUUUCUGCAACUGAUCCAAUAACUGUUUUAUCUAUCUUUUCUGAACUUGGUGUUGAACCAGACAUUUAUGCUUUAGUUUUUGGAGAGUCUGCUCUUAAUGAUGCUGUAGCAAUUGUCUUAGCUAAUACAAUUGAAAAUUUUUCUCCAUCCUCCAGUUCAUUUGAAUUAUAUCAUAUUGGGGAAUGUUUGACUGAAUUUGUUAUUGUAUUUUUUGGAUCAUGUUUUUUGGGUUGUGGUAUUGGAUGUAUAAAUGCUUUGAUAACAAAAUUUACCCGACUUAAUGAUCAUCCCUUAUUUGAAACAUCAAUAUUUAUGUUAUUGUCAUAUUUUUCAUUUUUACUUGCUGAAACAGUUGAAUUAACAGGAAUUGUAUCAGUUUUAUUUUGUGGAAUAACUCAAGCACAUUAUACUUUAAAUAAUUUAAGUAAAGAUUCAAAAAUUAGUACAAAAACAUUCUUUUCAACAGUCAGUUUUUUGGCUGAAUCAUUUAUUUUUCUUUAUAUUGGUGUUUCAUUUUUUGCUGAAAAAGGACUUAAAACUAAUUUUAUAUUUACACUUGGUUCAACAUUUGCCAUGUUAGUAGGAAGAAUGGCAUUUAUUUAUCCAGUAACAAGUAUUAUAAAUAUUAAAAGAACACCAAAGAUAUCAAAAGCAUAUCAACAUAUGAUGUUCUUUUGUGGAUUACGUGGUGCUAUGGCAUUUGCCAUUGCUUCAAGAAAUACAUCAACUGAGGCAAGGCAAAUAAUGUGUACAUCAACAUCAUUAAUUGUUAUAUCAACUGUCCUUGUUAAUGGAUCAUUGACAGCUUUUAUGAUUGAUUUUUUGGGUAUUAAACAUGGUGAUGAAAUGAAAAAAGAAGAUAAAGAAUAUGAUGAGGUUGUUUUAAGUGGAAAAAAUCCAUGGGAUAAAUCAUAUGUACCAAGAAAAUGGUAUAAUUUUGAUGCUAUGUAUAUGAAACCACUUCUUACACAUUCAACACCAACAUUAAUGGAUACUCUACCAAGAUGUUUGUUUUUCUUUGCAAAAACAUUUACAUCAUCAAAACAAUUAGAAAAAUACCAAGAACCAAUAUCAAUUGAUGAAGGAACAUCUUUAGCAGAAGACACAACUAUUGAUCAAAUUGUUCGCGUAAAUUUAAACAAUUCAUCUAUUAAAAAUCCCGUGUACGAUGAAAAACAAAGUACUUCUACUACUAAUAUAUAA